AUGGCUAAAGGCAAUAAAGAAAAGUCAAAUAAAAAAAACAAAGGGGAAGGAGAAGUAGUAAAAUUCUAUAAAGUAAAGGGAAAGAAAAAAAUUUUAGUCCCAGUUAAGGCAAAGAAAACUAUUGCUAAAAAAUAUUAUGGAAGAAAAUUAGCAUCAAAAAAAAAGUACGUGGUUCAAGGAAAAAUUAGAAAAUCCAUUGAAAUUGGAAAAGUAGCAAUUAUAUUAUCGGGUAGACAUAUGGGUAAAAGAUGUAUAAUAACAAAAAUAUUAAACUCAGGAUUGUUAGCUGUCGUAGGACCUUACGAAAUUAAUGGAGUACCUUUAAAAAGAGUUAACCCAAGAUAUGUUGUUGUUACAUCAACAAAUAUUUUUAAUUUUGAAAACAUGGCAGGACUUAAAGAUGAAUUUAUGAAAUUAGCUGAAGAUAUUAAUGACAAUUCCUUUAUGAAAUCUUUAGAAAUAAAAAAAAAACAAAAAAAAUUGCUCAGUAAAAAAAAUGAGGCUCUUUUUAUGAAUGAUGUAAUAACAAAAAUUAAGGAAUUAAUGAAAGAAGAUCCAAAAAUGCAACAAUUGCAAAAAACGCAAAAAGCAAUUGGCGCCUUACUUAAGGAUCAAAUUAUGAAGAACAAAAUCUUUACUGAAUAUUUAAAAUCCAAAUUUACAUUGAGAAAUGAUAUGGCACUGCACAAAAUGAAGUUCUAA